AGCAUAUAUCUAUUUCAUUCCUAACUAUUCUCAUCAAUAUUCUGGAGAAUGAUUUGCAUUUUUUUAUUUCUACUAUUUUAACAACAAAUCAAGCUUUCUUACCAUCAUAAAUAAAUGAAAUUUCAACUAGAAUUACUAGAAUACUAAACAAAAUUUAAGCUAACAAUCAUCCUAGGUACAUAUUUGUGAGUUUUUUUUAUUACUUAAGUCAGCCAUUUCUUGACGUAAAGUGUUAUUUGGCAGUUCGAAAAAAAACCCAACAAAACAACAACUACAUUGUAGUCAAUACAAUGUUAACAUAUACAUGAUAACAUACAUUUGAAUGGAUUCAAUUACAUAUUAUAUCUAUUUAAAAGUGAAUAUAACUUGUAAAACUGAGAUUCGAUUAACAAGACUGAUAUAGAAAUAAGUAUCUAGUCUAACACUAACUAACUAGUUAACUAACAACUGUUACUAACUAAUAUUACAUUACACGACAUUUUCAGUCUCAUUUUACAUGACAUUCCAAAAAAAAGUAUAAAAAAAAUAAAGAUAGUACGUAUAAUUAGUACUUGAAUGUAAAGGAAAUAACAUGAAAUUUUUAAAACUGAUUCUAGAUUAUCAAUACAAUUUAUUGUAUACAUCUAGUCUAUUACUUGAGGAAAUUGUGAUUUGAUUUGAUUUUUUUAUUAUUAAAAAAUGAUCUAACUUCAACUAAUUCCACAAUAGGACGAAACGUCCGUUCAGUGCUUUCAGGUUUUCCAUGGUGAUCUAGCUUCAAUUGACUCAUGAUCUUAACUGUUGAAAUUACUACGAUCUCCAUAAAACCCCUUCUGAUACUAAAAAUGAUCUGUUUUGUUGCCUCUUUUAUAUUUUAUUUCAUUUUAAAAAAACAACAUAUUUUUGUACUACAGGGUAGACAAACAACACCUUACUUUUAUGUAAAAUAUCGACGUGAAUUAACUGCCACAUGGUUUGAUUAUGAAAAAGAAAAUGGUACAAAAGUAAGUUGAUUUGUAUACAGAAAUAGUAUUAUAAUAAUCUUAUGAAUUCUAUAUGAUUAUUUCAAUUCUACACAACUGACUAUAUCGUGUCACUUCUUUAUAAUUAUUGAAAAUAUCUUGUAUUUGUUAUUUAUAUUUAUUCAAAUGUCGUAUAUCAGUAGUGUUUCUUAUUCUAGAUAGGUGUACUAUCAAGUACAAAAUAUGAGCUCAUAGCUUUUUACCAAUUGAUUUCAACCAACUUAUAUGUAAACAAAUUACAUUUUUAUGUCUAGUCAUUCAGUGUAUUCGACACAUUGCAUAUCUCAUUUAUGGGAAAUAAAUCAAAACAAUGUAUUUAUUGACAGAAUAACUUGUUGAUUAAUAUGUUAUUAAAACUGCAGGUUUUCCAAGUAUUACAGAAAGCUAGUUAUGUCACGUAAAGUCAAAUGGCAAUGUCUGUGGUUGUAAUAUUAUGUAAGACAAACUGAACACCAGCUAUAGCUGUGGAGGUUACUAGUAUUCGAUCAUAGGUGUCUUUGAAACAUUGCUCGUAUAUCCUUGGACCACCGAGUAAGUAAUACAGUUGCUAGGAAACGGGUACUAAUUAAGGAUGGCAAAUCAAUUGAUGAAGUAGUAAAACUUCAUCAGUUGAGAUGGCUGACACGUGUUACGUAUGCCCAACCACUGACUGCUCCAACGUGUGAUAUUUUAUGGUGUAGGAGUAGGAUGGAAGAAAGUUAGGGGCGACCAGACCAAAACAUGGCACAAAUCCAUGAAGUGACUGACAAGUGGACUGGGUCAUAUUGGUAGGUGUGGACUACCUGGUUGGGAUCCGUGGGACGAUAACAACCGAUGGUUAGAGAUCUUGAAUGACAUGGCUCAAAAUCGUUUGUGUUCUCCAAAAUUCUAAUCUUCUUAAUUCUUCAUGUCCCUUUUUUUCUUUAUCCAAUUGUAUUUUACUGGAUUAUACUCUUUGAAUAAAAUCUUCAAACGCUAAUCUUUCCGAUUACUGCUUUCACUCUUACUACCUCUACCACUACGGGAUUUGAAUCGACAACUGCAUCUCUAUGCUUAUGUGGUAUAGCAACUCGAACUGAUGCACGUACGAACGAAGUUCUACGUUGUUACUGACUGAUUGACUGACUAUAGCUGUGAAUAUCUAAUGUUAGAUGAUAACUAGCCUAAGAUAUAGAUUCGAAGCUCUCUGCCAAAUGUUCCUAAUAAUCUUGCAUCUAAAUAAAGUAUACUGCAAUAUUUAGUCUCUAAAACUAUCGGCAAAUCCGAUAGUAGUUAAAACCAAGUGACAAAAGCGAUAAACUGAUGUAGACGUCUUAGUAAUUCUACAUAUGUUGUAUCAAUUUUUACAUGGAUUCUUAAAUUUAAUAUUGAACCAAAGUUUUUCCAAAUACCAGACUACAUUUCAGCAAGCUUAUAUCAUAGAAGUAUGCUAGAUGUAAUUAUAGUAAAAGAUAACUAAAGGACAUACAAAGUUUCCUUUCCUGAAGAUAUCUUCUUUUCUUACAAAAAGUUCAAUAACUAGAUGAUCAAAAUCAAAAGUUUUAAUAAUCCGAAAAUACUACUUAUUUUAUGUAUUAGUGGUGCAUUGAUAUGUUUUGUCAUUCAAAGGGAGUAAAUCAUCUUAAGAAUUUCAAACACUCAGGCUUCAAAAGUUACAUUUAGAGCACUGGUCAGAAUGAAAAAAAAUAGAUCCAUGUUAUCGAUCAUAAUAGUAUCAAUAAUCAAUUGUUUAAUUUCAUUUAUAUUUUAGCGCCUUGCUGGUAACCAGGAUGCCAUGACAGAAAAUUUUAAUACAAUGGAUCCACCAUUUGUAGCACGUUAUAUACGUAUUUAUCCAUACAGUUUAGAACCAACCAAAACGUGUUUAAAAUUAGAAUUGUUAGGCUGUGAAGCAAAUGGCAUUUUAGAAUACAAGGCACCUGAAGGAGCAUUGUUGCCUGAAACUAUUUCUCCUUCUUAUCAACACUAUAAUAACAAUCCAUCAAAUGAACGUACACGUUUAUUAGAUACAACGUAUGAUUCAAAAUCACAUAAAUUUCGUUUAUUUGAUGACAUACAACAAGAUUUUAUUCACGAUAAAUCAUAUGAAACAAUCAUAGAAGGUGGUUUAGGGAAAUUAACUGAUAAUGAUACAGAAUUUAAAACAAGUACUAGCCCUUUCUCAAGUCAUAAAUUUAUUGGUUGGAGAAGGAAAUUAUCCACAGGACCGUUAAGUAUGACAUUAUCAAAUCAAUCAUUUGUGAAUACUUUAACCUCAAAUCAUAAUGCAGAAAUGGAAUCAGAUUUUCUUCGUAUAAUUUUUCGAUUUGAUAUGAUAUAUAAUUUCUCGUCAAUACGGAUAUAUGUGUCAAAUGAUUUUUUAGUUGGUUUAACAAUACCACGAAAUAUUACAGUUGGAUUUAGUUUCCAUGAUCCAUCUCUUUAUUACUAUUAUCAUUAUGGUCAAAGUAGACAGCAGAAAAGUGAUCAGCGACAAGAACAACAUAAAGAAGAAAACCCAUGGUCAUCAUCGAUUCUUUAUCAGUUAACACCAGAUAAACAAAACACUGAUUCUCGUUGGAUUGUACUACCAAUACAUGAGGCGACCAGAUUGAAUUAUGCAAUACAAGCAAUCACAAAACAAGUAUCCCAUAACCCAGGACAGUUAAUACAGAAUAAUAGUGAUGUAGAACAGUUAAACAUAUUCGGAUUAGGACAGUUUGUAGAGAUAAGAAUAUUUUUCAAUAGUCAGUGGUUGGCUGUUGGUGAAAUUUUAUUUGAAAAUUUAAGAAUGCCUCAUUUAAAAUUUCAACCUGAAAGAAAUGAUCCUAAUGAAUCAAAUCAUCAAGAAUUUCGAUUAACAUCUACAAGUCUUCCAUAUUUAUUAAAUGAACACUCUUCAACAUUAAAUAAUCCAUUGGGACAAACAACAACUUAUGUACUUGCAAUAAUUUGUAGUCUUUUAGUAAUAUUAAUAUGUUUCGGUUUAUUCUGUUUAUUUUGUGUUUGGGGACGUGAACGUUUACAUGUACCAUUUCGUCAUAAAUUUAAUAGAAAAAAUAAACGAUUUAGUGAUUCUACACAAUUUGAUUCAAAUCCAAGUGUAAAUAAUAAAACAAAUGCUCAAAAUGUAUCAUUAUUAACAGAACAAUUAAAAAUAAAUAAUCUUAUGAAUAAUGUAGUAGUUACAACAACAAAUGAUACAAUCGGAGAUAUACAAUAUCAGUUUCAACAUCCUCAAAGAUGUCAAGAAUCAACUAUAAGACUACCUAGUACAACGGCUUAUUUAGGUGGAUUUCAAUAUUUAACAAGUAAUGGAAUAGCACCAAUUAGUAUUAAUUUAACUACAAAUUCAUUACAUCAACCAUUUCAACCAGUUGGACUAGAUAAUAAUAAUAAUCAUAAUUAUCCUGCACAUAUUAAUUCAAAUAAUCUAUUUGGUUCAUUAUCGAACGAACGUAGUGCUAAUUUAAUAACAACUAGCAUUCCCGGUGCAAAAUCAUUUGAUCUGAAAGAUUCACUACCAGUUGUAUCACUUAUGACCCAAAAUUUUAUUCCCGCUGGAUCUAUGACUCCACAUUUCCAUGGAACAUAUUUAAGAUCCGAUGAGAAUAUUUUAAAUAAUAUUAAUUAUCGUAAAGCAUGUCAUGAUAAUUCAAUUUAUACAAGUCUACCUGGAUCCGAUUGUGAUUCUCAACCGUAUGCAAAAGUGGACACAGUAAACAAUACAUUGAUGCAACAAUUUCAAUCAAAUAAUUCUAGUAUAGAUCUAUCACAACUUAAUAUUUCUUAUAAUCAUUGUAAUGGAGAUAAUCGUUUAUUUAAUCCAAUGAAUUUACCUCCACCACCAAGUCUUCCAUUACCUCCAACACCGGAACAUUUAACAACAACAAUCACAUCAACAAUAACAACAGUGUCAUCAAUAACAACUUGCUCACAAACAAUUCAUUUAAAUAAUAGAAAUGAAUUCAAUCAUGAUUCCAUGUCAAUAAAUAAAACUAAUAAUAACACACUUUUUACAUAUAAUUCUAAUGUAAACAAAUCUAUUCCAAAUAAUGAUAUAACUACAUGGUUAGAUUCGAAUGGACAAUUUAUUUCUAUAUCUAAUCCUUUAUUUGAUACUAAUUUAGGUGUAGAUCCAAUGAAUAUGAAUAAUAGAAAUAAUUUUCAAAAUUUUUCAGGAGUUCAAAAUUCGGAAUAUUCCAACUCAACAACCAAUGGUUCUAAUACUUAUAGUACUUACUAUGGUACUCCAAAUAUGCUUCCCAUAUCUGUCCCUACAGUUCAAAUGAUUACAAUUAAACGUUGAUAAACAAAAUUGAACUGAUUUGGUUACAAACUUAUAAAUUAUUAAAUGUUAGAUACAGAUUUUCAUUUUUUUCCUUUGUAAUCUAAUCGAAAAUUAUAACAAGUUUUCAUAAACCAAAGCGACAACACAAAAAAAGGUUUAUUUAUUGAAGUCAGUCGUAUCCUGAAAUUGAUUGAAUCAUCAAUGAAAUUCAAUAUUGUUCUAUGUAGUCAUUUCAAUCAAUUACCUUCAAAUGUAUUUCAAAUAAUGUUGUUGUACGAAGUUUUUCCGUGUUUUUUUUGUUUGUCUUUUCUAAUAAUAGAAAAAGCUGAAAUUCAAUAUAUUUAUUUGUAAUAACUCCACAGGACUGUUCUUAUUCAUUGUGUACUUACAUUUGUCUCUUGAAUUAUUCAUGAUUGACAUAACACUUAAUCUUAUUCCUUCUUGAAUCGAAUAAAUUAUCACUACUGUACCAUAACUAUUGGCUGUGAAUGUUUCCAGUCUUUUAUUUUCCAAAUGAAAACACAUCAUCACAUUUAAAUGUGAACCUCACUUCAAAAACAUUCUAAUGUUAUUAUUAUUGUUUCAUUUUUCCAAUCGGUUUCAUCUGUUAUUACUUUAUUAUUAUUAUUUUUUUUCCAUUUUCAGGAUUCUUUAAUGUAUUCAUUGAAAUAUGUGUUCCACUUUGUUUAGAGAUGUAGUACAAUUAUUUGAAAAAAAUAUAAAUACUCAAACAUCUUAACAGCUUUGUGUUUAUUUAUUUUUUGUUUGUUUCCAUCCAUUCAUUCAAGCUUACACACAUACACACACACACGCAACACAAACAAAUAUAUAAACAGUAUUCUUCUCAUAGAUAACUCAUGUUCAAUACAACUUAUCUAUGUUCACCUCAUGUACAAAAGAUUAUUAUUAUUAUUAUUACUACCAUUACUACUAUUGUUAUUAUACACGUACAUAUGAAUUGGAAACAAUAUACAAUUGUAACCAUUGUACAAUUAAUUUAUGUAUAAUGAUUGUUUUAUUAAACUGAAAUAAAUAAACUAAGAUUCUGUGUUUUUUUUAAAAAAAAUUAUUUAGUUUUUAUCUUGGUUUUCUUCUUUUUUUUUAAAAAAAAAUAAACUCAUGUAUCUAUUUAUAUUGAAAAGUUUUUUUUUUUCUUUUUAAUUUCUACUUCAUAACAUUGUGACUUACUCCUUUUUUUCUCUAUUAGUUUGUUUGUUUACGCUUUUUUGUUUUCAUGGAUAAAAGAUUGCAAAAACUAAAUGUUUCAUAUCUCUUUUUGAACUGAUGUAUAUUGAUGUAAUUCAAGUUGUGAUAGAGUUUUGUGUGUGUGUGUAUGUGUUUAUUAAAAAAAAUAAGUAAAUGUUGUUCUAUUU